AAUUACAAGUCCACACCUUCUAGUCUUCACUUCGUUUUCAUAAAGAGUCUUUCGUAAGACCAAAGAGCCAUUUUCGAUUCCAGGGCUAAAACUAGGGUUUCACAGUUCAUGAUGAAGAAGAGACAGAUGGUAAUCAAGCAGAGAUCAAGAAACUCCAACACAUCUUCCUCUAGGACUACUACUUCGUCUUCUUCUUCCUCCUCUGAGAUCAGUAACGUCCGUUACGUGGAGUGCCAGAAGAAUCACGCUGCUAACAUCGGAGGUUACGCCGUCGACGGUUGCCGUGAGUUCAUGGCCGCCGGAGUUGAAGGAACCGUUGAUGCUUUGAGAUGCGCCGCUUGUGGUUGUCACCGGAAUUUUCACCGGAAGGAAGUUGAUACGGAGGUUGUUUGUGAGUAUUCUCCACCUAACGCUUGAUUUUUCAAGGAUUUUACUCUUUUAAUUUUUAUUUUAUUUUCUUUUAAUUGGUUUGGGUUUAUCGAUUGAUUUUUAAAGAUGAAUUUGUUAGAGGAUAUUUGUAUAUGAAUAUUGAUGUGUAUAUCAACAGCUCACAUACCGGCUACCGCCCAUCUAUAUCUAUAGGUAUUUAUAAAAUUGCUUGUUGGUU